UCGCAGCGCUUUAGCGUACUCGCGCGCUCACUGAGCAGAGCAGAGCAGAGCGCGUGGAUGCAGAGUGAGCGAGGCGCGCUCGCGGGAAACUUUGUUUUGGCGUUCAGCUUCACGGACAGCGACGCGGUCACCGAGUUUGGACUCUGCAACCGGACAAACAGAUUAUGAGCUGAGUGAACAGCCCGAGGAGGAGUGCACGAGAAGGUCAGCUUGUGCUGUGACAUCAUCAUCCCCCGCCAGGUGGCUUGAGCCUCCCUCGACCAUGGAUGUGGGCAGUGAAGUGGACCUCUCCAACGGCAACAUCGCCCCGCUGUGGAAGAAGCGCUCGAAUGGCCACAUCAAGCCCAGACCCCUGAGUUAUCAGAUUGAUGGGUUCAUGACAGACUUCCCCACAGGGUCCACAGAAAAGCUUUCCACUCCAGCAGCGGGCACUGCUGUGUUUAAGCAUGUCCUGAACAAACCAGCCACACGCAAGACUCGCGUGGUGCGGAGCAUCAGCAUCGGGCGCCUGACCGACGGACGGUUUUCUUUGGUUAGGUUCGGGUCAGAGGACAGUAAAGAGUCAGUAGACAAUCAGCUGCCUAAAACACCACCCACCUGUUCAAAGGUUGGAAAUGGCUUGAGCAUCCGUGACCCACUGAAGCGCCUGUCCGGCCCGGUCACUCUCACCACUCAGAGAGACCAGAUUGUGUUUCGGGACUCACCAGGGAACCCCCAGGAAUCAAACUCUCCGUCCCAGGAUGCCCCCCGCCUGGUCGCCGCUCCAGAGGUUCGCAGUUCUCCGGUUGCCCUCCGGACACCCUCAGCCCGCAGCUCCACCUCCAGCAUCCCCUCCCUCUCCUCUCCCUCCUCUUCUGCCCCCAGCACCCCAUCUGAACCGGCCACGCCGCGCACCCCGUCACCCUCCGACAGUGGCAGUAUGGUGCUCUUGCGCCAGUCCUCAGGCUCCUCCCAGGGCUCUGAAGGCAAGCCACCUACACCCGCUGUGGUCCUCAGCACGCAUAGCCCGGUGGCGCUGAAGAUGGGCACGCAGCAGCUCAUUCCACGUAGUCUGGUCUCAGAAACGCGUCCCAGCAAGGCAUCCCAGGCUGGCCCUGAGCGGCAGGGCCUCGGGGGGCUGCUGGACCCCCCUAAACGCGCCCUUCGCGCCCGCAGCAUGGUGGAAAGCGGCGCCUUCUUCUCCACCAGCAGGGAAGAUGAAGAGGAUGCAGAGGAAAGCCCAGGGCUGCUACGGAGAGGCCUGCGGUCCACAUCAUACCGCCGGGCCGUGGUCAGUGGCGUAGACUUGGACUCCCCAUCUGCCGAUCUAAAGAAUCACCGGCUGUCUCAGCCGGUCUUCAAAGGAUUAACAGAGGUCAAGGAAGGGCCAGGGAGCCCACGGCCAGCAAAGAGCAAGAGUGGAGAGAAGAAGAAGAAGGGGCUGCAGACUCAGAGGACGUUUGACAGUGAAGAGGAUGAGGUUCUCUAUCAGAACUACCAGGAGAAGGCACUGCACAACGACUCAGAUGAGGAUGCCGAGUCCAGAGAAGCCAAGCCAGAUGAUAACAUCGUGGUCCAGAGCAAACUCAUCCGAACCUCGUGGAGUCAGCUCAGUGUGGUUAAAAAAAAUGGAGUGGCUGAGAGGCUGAGCCAGGAGGAGCGAAAGAGACAAGAGACAAUAUUUGAGGUGAUCUCGUCAGAGCACAGCUACCUGCACAGCCUCACAAUCCUCAUUCGCCUGUUCAAGGAUUCAACAGAACUCAGCGAUACCAUGACCAAGACAGACCACCACCACCUCUUCUCCAACAUCGUGGACGUCUGUGAGGCCAGUUUGAAAUUUUUUAAAGAACUGGAGGACAGACACCAGCAGAAUAUCGUGAUUGACGACAUCAGCGACAUUGUGAUCAGACACGCCCAGUCGAAUUUUGAGCCCUAUGUGACGUACUGCUCUAACGAGGUGUAUCAGCAGAGAACACUGCAGAGAUUACUAAGCAAGAGUCCAUCCUUUAAGGAGGUCCUGAGCCGGAUUGAAGCUAACCCUGAGUGCAGGAACCUCCCUAUGUGCUCCUUUCUGAUCCUGCCCAUGCAGAGAGUGACACGGCUUCCUUUGCUUAUGGAUACUAUUUGCCAGAAGACGCCCAAAGACUCUCCCCAGUAUGAGGAAUGCAAAAAAGCUCUUCACUGCGUCAGCAAGCUGGUGCGGAAGUGUAACGAGGGAGCUCGUACAAUGGAACGGACUGAGAUGAUGUACACCAUCAACUCGCAACUGGAAUUUAAGAUCAAGCCCUUCCCGCUUGUUUCGUCCUCUCGCUGGAUGGUGAAGCGGGGCGAGCUGACGGCUUAUUCGGAGGAGAAGAACGGCAUCUUCUCCAAGAAGAUGUCACGGCAUCAGGUCUACUUCUUCCUCUUCAACGACGUUCUCAUCGUCACCCGCAAAAAGAGUGAGGAGAGUUAUACAGUGAUAGAUUAUGCACUGAGGGAUCAGAUUUGGGUGGGGCCAAGCCAGCCAGAGGAUCUGAACCUGUCUCCGACGCGGACCACCGCGGGCAUGCUGACAUCACGGCAGGGCGCAGUCAGCCACUUGUUCCGCCUCAAUUUCUGCAGCAACCGCACAGGAGAAAAAGUGCCCAUGAUUCUGGGGGCAGAGCUACUUAAUGAGCGUGCUCGCUGGAUCAGUGCACUGGGACAGAGUCAUAAUGAGAAGAGGAAUUCUGACAGAACAAAUGCCGUGCAGGUGGAGGUGAUUCGGACGUAUACGGCCAGGCAGCCGGACGAACUCUCACUGCAGGUGGCCGACGUUGUGUUGGUCUCUCAAACGGUGGAGGACGGUUGGUACGAGGGCAUGCGCCUGAGAGACGGCGAGAGGGGCUGGUUCCUGUCCCAGUGCGCUCAGCUCAUCACCUGCCAGGCCACCAUCGAGAAGAACAUGCAGAGGAUGGAUCGCCUGCAGGGGCUGGAGACCAAUGUAUGAGCUCCAUUUCCCUCCAUAGACUCCAGCAAGGAGAGAACAGAGCCAUAACGCUCAGGAGUUACUGGACCUUAUCGAUUAGCGGACGACUGAGAGGAUUAACUUGUAUGGUCACCCACAUGAUGUCCUCCAAUUAGGGACGCCUUCCAGCAGGACUUCUUUAUAGAAGAAACCAUGGAUGAACUCAUGUGGUUCCUGGAAGAACUGUUCUGUGUUUUUUAGAGCCUUGACUGGCAGAAGCUCUGUCCACACAACUGCUCCAGAAGGUUAGAGGGCCAGAGGGCCAGAGGGCCGGAGUCAGCCCUCUUUAACAGACUGCACAGGAACCCGAGAGGAUCCAGGCUCGGUGGCAGUUACAGGGAAGCUGUAUGGAGGGAUUUUAAAGAAUGCUAAUCAAAAAUGCUAACAUCGUGAAUGAUGAAUGGCUAAAGGCUAACAGAGUCUGGAGUAUCAGAUUGAGGUCACUGUUUAAUGACCCCUCUCAGCUUUUACUCAUUGUUACGGAAGUCCGGUGAGGCCAUGAGCUGUCGCUCUUAUUUUCUGGAUUGUUAUCCUGAGAUAAUAAAAGUAACUUUUUUCAAAAUAACAAUUCUGUUAUCUUGAGAUAACUAUCUUGAGAUCACAAGAUACUUAACUCGUUAUCUUAAGAUAACUUAUCUUGAAGUAAUGAGUUACUUAUCUCAAGUUUUAUCAUGAGAUAACAAAAUAAGUAACUUAUUUCAAGUUUUAUAACGGAAUUGUUAUUGUGAGAUAAGUAACUCGUUAUUUCAAGAUAAAACUAUCUUGAGAUCACAAGAUAUUUAACUCAUCUUAAGAUAACUUAUCUCGAUGAGUAAUUUUUUUCAAGAUAGGUUUUAUCUUGAGAUAACAAAAUAAGUAUUGUUAUCUUGAAAUAAGAAGCAACUCAUUAUUUCAAGAUAAAAUUAUCUUGAUCACAAGAUAAAUAACAUCCUAAUAUAACAAAUCUAUCGUGAGAUAACAAGAUAAGUAACUCGUUAUUUCAAAAUAACAAUCCAGAAAAUCCUAACUCCCUCAUGGCGUCUCUGAUUUCUGUACAUUGUUGGUAAUGUUAUCGUUUUUGGGUGGUGUUGCUUUACUUGCACUGGUCAGAUCGAUUGGCUCCUCAUUUCCCUUUAAAACCACCCAGCUGUGCAAACCAUAACGCAACUUGCUGUCAUCAGCCGAGUUACGUAACAAGCCCUUUGAUCAUUUUAACAAAGCUAAAUAUAUAUAUAUAUAUUUUUUUGCUGUAAAAAUAGUUUUUUUCUCUUUAUGAAUCCGCCGUCGAGCUUUAUGAAUUUUUAACGCGUCUGUAGAAGUUCUCUGUACAUAGACUUGUAACUGACAUCUCUGAUGUAUGAUAAAAGACUGUGGGCUCAGGGAAGGUUUCCAGCGGCGUAUUUAACCAACGGCGAUCUGCAUAAAUCGUCAGCACCUCCACGGGACGAAGACGAGCUGUGUGGAGUAUAACGACGCCUUGGCUAACGGCUUUUAUCUGUUUGUAAAGAUCAAGGGCUGCACUUUAAGGCCCUUUUAUAGAAAACUGGAGAAAUCCACAGGGGGUCUUAGAGGAGGGACGGUUUUCAGGCGUAGCCGUCUACCACUUUUCCCCCCACAUGAAAGUGACACUGGGGCGACUGUGACUCCCACUUAAGAUCUUACUCAGACGCUGUACACCAGAAUUUCAUAUCCAGCUUCAGAAAUGAACCGAUUCGGAGUUUAAAUGAAGGAAACCAGGACUUUUCAUUCCAGCUUCAAAUGGGGUCUCAGGGAGAAUGACCGCCUCCACAUGGACGACUGUAAAUCUAAUGUAAAUAUGUUCCAUAUUACCCUGCAGUUUAAACCACUAAUGCAUGUAGAUUUGUAUUCCAGAGAGGUUUUAUUGUUAUUGUGUCUGUAUUUUACUGCUGUGUAAAUAAUUCAUCACACAGUGUUUGUUUUUAAGAAAAAUUCUACCAAAAUAAUAACCAAAUCAUGGAGAAAUCUGA